CCUUUAUCCACAUAACCGCUCUUCCAACUCCCUUGCGCUUCCAAUGGCGCAGUUCAUCAUUACAUGUGUCAUUGGUUAGCUGAUGCACUGCUUUCGUUUAUUACUUCUCCCUUCCAGCUACCAGUACUAGAUCCUAUCUCAAGGAAUAGAUAUAAAGUUGCCACACCCUUGCCAUACCCACGCUCCUCAACUCCUUUUGAUUAUAUAUUUUUAGGUAUCGUCACACCACAGAAAUCCUGGAAAACCCAGUUCUUAUAGCGUCGGUAUGGGUUCUCGCUUGAGGUGUCCUAGAAAAGGGCUAUCCCCCUUCUCUCUCAUUAUUAUUACCGUUGGAGUUCUUCUAUGUCUUUCCCUUCACGACACUGCGCUGGCGCAACCACUAGAAAACAGUGGCUAUUCGGACAGUGAUGGCCGACAGAAACCUCUCAAUGAUCCUGCAAUGACGAUUCCAUUGAGUGCCUCUAAAGGGUCGAAACCGCAAAAACCAAUCCACGACCCCAAUGUUUCUGAUGACACACUAAAGAAAUUGCUCAACGCGUUGGAUGUGAUGCAAUCGUCAUAUUUCGAAACUUGGCAAGGUACCUGGCCGUCAAGCAUUGAUUGGACUGCAGCAGUUUUAGGAACACACGUCUCUGCAACGCUCUCUUCACUGAGCAUAAAUCUCCAUGCCAUUCUCGACGACCAUCAUUCGGCAGCCGCUGGCGGCUCCGCCACUUUGGGAUCUCAUCGUUCCGACGUUCUUGCCUACGAAAACCUUAUAAACUACUAUUUUCUGCAACUAUCAACAUUUUACUUUGGGGAAGACGCUUUCAGCUUGAGAAUGCAGGCAUACGAUGACAUGUUGUGGGUAGUCCUAGGAUGGUUGGAGAACAUUAAAUUCCAAAAAAUCCACUCCGGUUUACACUACUCCUCCUACUCCAAUUUGAACGACAUCUUGCGUUCAUCGUGGUAUGGAACCCAGCUCAGGAGACCCGCUGCGCACAGAGCUCGGUUGUUCUAUGAUCUAGCUUCGAAUGGCUGGAAUACUUCCCUUUGCGGUGGUGGAAUGAUCUGGAGCCCCUACCUUGAACCGUAUAAAAAUGCAAUUACCAACGAGCUCUUUAUUUCAGCGAGCAUUGGCAUGUAUCUACAUUUCCCUGGUGAUGACAUCGAUUCACCCUUGCUUUCGGAGUCUGCUACGGGCGACAUGAUCUCUAAACCGCAUAAUCCGACCCAUCUAAAUGCCGCAGUUGCUGCAUACGACUGGCUGAAGAACUCUAAUAUGACCGAUAAAAAUGGGUUAUAUGCGGAUGGGUUCCACAUCCAAGGAUGGAGGGACAAACGUAAUCCUGGUACUAGGAAAUGCGAUGUUUUGGAUACGAUGGUAUACACCUACAACCAAGGGGUUUUGUUAAGCGGACUCAGGGAUCUUUGGCUUGCCACUGGAGCCAAAUUCUAUCUAGAAGAUGGUCACCAGCUGGUAGAAAAUGUGAUCAAGGCGACUGGAUGGCCGAAUACUUCUAUCCAAAAAUGGCAUGGAUUGGGACGCGCUGGAGUUCUUGAGGAUGCCUGCGACAGUUCAGGAAGCUGUUCGCAAAAUGGCCAAACAUUCAAAAGCAUUUUCUUCCAUCAUUUCACCGAAUUCUGUCGCCCUCUCAUAAACGAAACAGAAAAAUAUUUCUCUGCCUCCACUCGCAAGCAGCAAACAGCCGAACGGAUCAGAUCACAGAGGCAAGACUAUGAAUGGCACCAAGAAAAAUGUUCUUCUUAUUAUUCUUGGGUGGCACACAAUGCGAACGCUUCGUACAUGACGAAGGAUGAGAAAGGAAAGUUCGGUAUGUGGUGGGGGAGACCGUAUCCGUACUCCGAUCUCCAUCCCACCCAAACAUCUCCCUUGCCAGAUGGUGCAGUUGAUUUCAUGAAUGAAGACCCGUUUGCAGAUGUCGGUGAUAAGCCCCAUCGGCGAAUGCUGAAAAGUGCAGAUGGUAAUAUCUACUUUGGGGGAUAUAAGAAGUCUCCUUUCGUGAAAAAGAAGAAGAUUGAACGGAUAUCCCGCCCAUCUCCCGGCCAGCAGAAUACUGCUGUCUUUCAGGAUGUGAAUGACCGUGGCCGGGGGCGAACUGUUGAAACCCAAUCCGGUGCUGUGGCUGUCCUUCGAGCCUUGUACCAAUGGGAAAUGGCUCGUAAACAGUAA